GCGAAUACACAAACCCAGAAAGCUCCGUCUCCACUUUUUUAACCCUCCCCGCUUCAGCUUUUUCCAGUCUGUUUGCCUGGAGGCCCCCCAACCCAUCCCGUCCCAGCAGCCGCCGCACGGGACUGCCCGCUUUACGCCCAGCGUAGGACGCCGCUCGGUAGAGAAGCGCCGGACACUGGCAAUCAAAUCAUGGCAUCCAUAGAAGAAAUUGCACAUCAAAUUAUUGAACAACAAAUGGGAGAGAUUGUUACAGAGCAGCCUACUGGCCAGAAAAUCCAGAUUGUGACAGCACUUGAUCAUAAUACCCAAGGCAAACAGUUCAUUCUGACAAAUCACGAUGGCUCUACUCCAAGCAAAGUCAUUCUGGCCAGGCAAGACUCUACUCCAGGAAAAGUUUUCUUCACAACCCCAGAUGCAGCAGGUGUCAACCAGUUAUUUUUUACAACUCCUGAUUUGUCUACACAACAGCUCCAGUUCUUAACAGAUAAUUCUUCCUCAGAACAAGGAGCAAAUAAGGUUUUUGAUCUUUGCGUAGUAUGUGGAGACAAAGCAUCAGGGCGCCAUUAUGGAGCAGUAACUUGUGAAGGCUGCAAAGGAUUUUUUAAAAGGAGUAUCCGAAAAAAUUUAGUUUAUUCAUGUCGAGGAUCAAAGGACUGUAUUAUUAAUAAACACCAUCGAAAUCGCUGUCAAUACUGCAGGUUACAAAGAUGUAUUGCGUUUGGAAUGAAACAAGACUCUGUUCAGUGUGAAAGAAAACCCAUUGAAGUGUCCAGAGAAAAAUCUUCCAACUGUGCUGCUUCAACAGAAAAAAUCUACAUUCGAAAAGACCUUCGAAGCCCAUUAGCUGCAACUCCAACUUUUGUAACAGAUAGUGAAACUGCAAGGUCAGCAGGACUUUUAGAUUCAGGAAUGUUUGUGAAUAUUCAUCAAUCUGGAAUAAAAACUGAGUCAACUAUGCUGAUGACACCAGAUAAGGCUGAAUCAUGUCAGGGAGAUUUAAGUACAUUGGCCAGUGUGGUUACAUCAUUAGCAAACCUUGGAAAAACUAAAGAUCCUGCUCCAAAUAGUAAUGAAGUGUCUAUGAUUGAAAGCUUAAGCAAUGGUGAUACUUCUUAUACCUCCUUGUGUGAAUUUCAUCAAGAAAUGCAGACUAAUGGUGAUGUUUCAAGGGCAUUUGACACUCUUGCAAAAGCUUUGAAUCCUGGAGAAAACACAGCCUGUCAGAGCUCAGGAGAGGGCAUGGAAGGAAACGUACACCUAAUUGCUGGAGACUCGAGCAUAAAUUACAUCGAAAAAGAGGGGCCACUUCUCAGCGAUUCACAUGUAGCUUUCAGGCUCACCAUGCCGUCUCCUAUGCCUGAGUACCUGAAUGUGCACUACAUUGGGGAGUCUGCCUCCAGGCUGCUGUUCUUAUCGAUGCACUGGGCACUUUCAAUUCCUUCCUUCCAGGCUCUAGGGCAAGAAAACAGCAUAUCAUUGGUGAAAGCUUAUUGGAAUGAACUUUUUACUCUUGGUCUUGCCCAGUGCUGGCAAGUGAUGAAUGUGGCAACUAUAUUAGCAACGUUUGUCAACUGUCUUCACAGUAGCCUUCAACAAGAUAAAAUAUCAGCAGAAAGAAGAAAAUUAUUGAUGGAACACAUCUUCAAACUACAGGAGUUUUGUAACAGCAUGGUAAAACUCUGCAUUGAUGGAUAUGAAUAUGCCUACCUGAAGGCAAUUGUACUCUUCAGUCCAGAUCAUCCAGGCCUAGAAAACAUGGAACAAAUUGAGAAAUUUCAGGAAAAGGCUUAUGUUGAAUUCCAAGAUUAUAUAACCAAAACAUAUCCAGAUGACACCUACAGGUUGUCUAGACUACUACUUCGAUUGCCAGCUUUGAGAUUGAUGAACGCUACCAUCACCGAAGAACUGUUUUUCAAAGGUCUCAUCGGCAAUGUUCGAAUUGACAGUGUCAUCCCACAUAUUUUAAAAAUGGAACCUGCAGAUUAUAACUCACAAAUAAUUGGUAACAGCAUUUGAAAGCUGAGAUCCCAGUUUAAAGUGAUUGUUCUUUCCCAGAACACAAGAAGACACCAAAUCGAACUCACUGAUUCCAGGGCAUCUGGAAAUUUUUACUUUAAAGAGAAACCAAAAACCAAAAUAUUUUGAUUUUACUUCCUUAAGAAGAAUGUUUGAAGUGACUGAGCAGGUAGCAGGAAUUAGAAUUUCCUUUCCUGUCUUAUUUAACUGAAUAAGAAAUACUAUCAAUUUAUUCUUGGUUAAGAUGACACCUAAAGCUGUCACCUCUUGACUAAGAUUUCUCCUUUUAUUUUAUAAAACAAAUAAAUAAGUCUCUCUCUUUUUUUUUCCAGAA